AUGCCCAUUCAAGACGUCGACUCAGGUGUAGCUUCGGAAGAGGAAUUUCAUUCGCUGGCCGAUGUAACGUGUAACUGUGAGCUAUGUCACGCGCGUUUGUACGUAUCUGCAAAACAAAGUAUUGAGGAUGAUUGUUCGUGCUUGUUGGACCAGAAUGACGCGUUCCAUCUGUUGCCAUCGCCUAAAUCAAUCACACCGAACUCACCAAACUACAAUGUGUCUGUUCUCUAUCCUUGGGCCUGCCAAAUGCCCCUGUACGCGGAUAUGACGCCUUUCAGUUGCAAUACAUACGGAAAAUGUGUUUGCCCUCCGGGGACAAAAGUAUUGCCUGACAAUAUGCCUAUUCCCAAUUCCAUGUAUGAUCUUUCCUACCGAUCGACGAUGGGACCAAUACAAUUUGAGCAGGAACUGGAUGCUGGGAACGCGGCUAAUGCUCCGCAAGUUUACAUUUCGAAAGAUUGUGUAUUACAUAUAAGAUUGUCCACAUAUGUUUCUUUCGAACGCUCUGUUUCGGCCUACCGUCUGAUCAACUAUCGUAACAAUUCGGCACUUGCUCUGAAUGAAAGCGGUGAAUACGGUUACGCUUAUCACUAUAACUGUCGUGGUCUGAUCAAUAUGCACCAUGGAAAACUGUCAAUUACAUUUGACAAAGAUCGCCAAGUAUUGCUUCGUAGUGAAAAACCAAGUUUUGUAAAAAAAGAAAUGGAAUUCUACCGGCUUACAUCUCAUCAUUGGACAGCUUGUCGACCGGUUUCCAUGGACACGUUUGAUCGUGAUCGUACCCCGGAAAUACUGAAAAAGACCGGUGUGGAAAAAUCGGUGGAUGAGGCCAGACUGCGUGAACUUGUCAAUUCGUCAGCUGUGCAUAAAGAGGGUUGUGGUCUAGUCAGUGAUGCCAAAAUCGAACAAAAAGUCAAUGGGGAUGUCGUUUUGAGUUGGUUUUAUGAAGACCGGGCAAACUCGCUAAUAGUAUCCCCGUUGUCUGGGAGUUUCAGUCUUUCAACAAAAAACUUGGAGAUAAUGGCCACACCGAAAGCAGAUAUCUAUAUCGCGUUUGCGGACUUUUUUGUUCAUGUUGGGAAUCAACAAAUGACUGUGAGCAGUGGCGCAGUAGCUGGACGAUGCAAUUACGCAAAAAGUCAUCCGUGUUUGCUUAAACUGACAAGCACAGUGACGGAAAAUCAAGCGGUGGAUAUUCAUCAGUACUGUGCGUACUCACAAUCUAUGGGAUCAAAUAAUCCGCUCACGGCCAAUCCGCAUCAUCAUCGGCGUCCGACUCCGGUGGUUACAUCCACCCCAAACGCGACUACCGGUGUGCCCACAAAUACCACAUCAAACAUGACCGGCACCGCAUCAGGCCAGGCUGCAGUGGCCGCAAAUAUGACCUUAUCGCCCAGUAGCCAAUCGUCUUCCACGGAUAAUUCGGUGGACAAGAAAGAGGAACAGAUAAAAGCUGGGGAAGGAGAUACAAAGUUUGCUGAGAACUCCCAGCGAGCUGAAAUACCGAAUAGAAACACAAAGGACUAA